AUGGGUGCGAAACAGAAGGGAGGAGGCUCGAAGCCGAGGGGCAAUAAUGGCGCGGAGGAGGUAGAGGAGACGUUGCAGGCUGUGGUUCUCGCGGACACUUUCGAAACGAGAUUCGAGCCUUUCACCCUCGACAGGCCCCGAUGUCUCUUGCCGCUGGCCAAUACCCCUCUCAUUGAAUACACCCUCGAAUUUCUUGCCAAUGCUGGUGUUGAAGAGGUGUUCCUCUAUGGAGGUGCGCACUCCGACCAGUUGGAGAAAUACAUGAAUGCUUCGAAAUGGAGAGCCGCAUCCUCGCCUUUCACGCAAUUAACAUUCCUCAAAUCCACCUCUACCUCUGUCGGCGACGUUAUGCGUGACCUGGACGGCAAACAUCUCAUCACCGGUGACUUCAUUGUCGUGAGCGGCGAUGUCAUCAGCAACCUGCCAAUCGAGAGCGCUUUGAAGAAACACCGGACUCGUCGUGAAUCCGACAAGAACGCCAUCAUGACAAUGGUCCUCAGGGAAGCCGGCCGCAACCACCGUACCAAGUCGACUUCGGUCUCCCCGGUCUUCGUUAUCGAUCCGACCAAGGAUCGCUGCCUUCACUACGAAGAGAUCGAUCAUCAUUCCGAUGAGAAGUCUCCCCGUUUAAACAUUGAUGCCGAGAUUCUUUUGUCCCACGCCGAGCUUGAUAUCCGCCAAGACUUGAUCGACUGCAGCAUUGAUAUUUGCACCCCAGAUGUCCUGAGCUUGUGGUCUGACAGUUUCGAUUAUCAGUCACCGCGGAAACACUAUCUUUUUGGUGUUCUCAAGGAUUAUGAGUUGAACGGCAAGACAAUUCAUACCCACAUAAUCAAGGAGGACUACGCCGCGCGGGUACGCAACCUGAAGGCCUACGACGCGAUUAGUAAGGAUAUCAUCUCGCGCUGGACUUAUCCGCUGUGCCCCGAUACCAACCUGCUUCCGGGACACACUUACGGUCUCCGCAAGGGCAGCCUGUACCAAGAGCAGGGCGUGACUCUGGCCCGAUCUUGUGUUGUGGGUCGUCGCACAAUCAUUGGACGUGGCACUAGCAUCGGUGACCGGACGACAGUAAACAGCACUGCUCUGGGCCGGAACUGCAAGAUUGGCCGGAAUGUCAAGCUGGAGGGUGCGUACAUCUGGGAUGAUGUUAUGAUUGGGGACGGCUCUGAUGUUCGUGGAGCAAUUAUCGCGAAUGGUUCCGUCGUUGGUAAGAAUUGCGUUAUCGAGUCUGGUGCACUUCUCUCGUACGGCGUCAAGAUCGCCGACGGUGUGAAGGUCGAGGGCGGCAAACGCAUCUCGAGAUCGAAGCGAGAUGGUACUGCGGCCCCUACUGACACAAAGGUGGUUGGCGAUGGUGGAGAGGGAUAUGAAUUUAUCCAAGGGGAGGACGAGGAUGAGGACGAGGAUGAUGUCAGUGUCGCAUCUUCUGGGCUUGUGUACCGCAUGCCAGAACUUUCUCUGUCUUCUGCUUCGAUCUCGACAUUGUCCUCUGAAGUAUCAGACGGGUCCUGGGCACGGUCUUCCCGGAGCAGUUUCUCCGACAGUGAAGAGCAGGACCACUUCCACGUUGAUGCCACCGGGAGUGUGUUGGAUAGUCUACGCGAGUGCGUAUCUGCCGACGUGGUUCAACUCGAGCUGGUCAGUCUGCGCAUGACUGCGAACGCCGACGAUACCCAGGUCCGACGGGCUAUUGUGACAUCGUUCAUGCAAUACAUCCAGGAGCUCAUGGGCAAGGGCAAGGGCGCCAGCCAGGCCGUUCAUCAGGUCUUCUCACAGUACUCCGAGGUCGUGGAGCGUACCUUGUUUGACCGAAACAAGGAGGAGAAGAAGGACCAGGUUGACCUGCUCCUCCAGCUCCAACAGGAUCUCGUCAACCGCGACAAGGGUGAGAUGAUACUUCUCUUUACUGCCAAGGAGCUCUAUGAGUUAGAGCUGGUGGAUGAAGAGGCCUACGAGCAGUGGUGGGAUGAUGAGCGGGCCAGCGAGAAUGACGAGAUGAAAAAGGUGCGCAGCCAAGCGCAGCAGUUCGUGCAGUGGCUGGCAGAGGCAGAAGAGGAGAGCAGCGAAGAGGAGGAAAGUGAUGAAGAGUACGACUACGAUGCUACUAUGGGACUGAUUAUUCAUAGGCCAGGAGUGUCCCUCAGACCUUCAACUGCUUCUUUUUCUUCUUCUUCUCACCCUUUUUAUCGGCAUCCUGCCGUAUCUGCCACCACGCCUCCCUCCACGCGGAAGAGAAAGGCGGCCGAGGCGGCGAUUGCGGACGACGACCAACCUCUUCCCGAAUCCGCCACCAAGGCUGCCCAAACCCGGAACGCCACUCUCUCUACCGGUCGCUUGCGCAAGCCGGGCUCGACGGUCACUGCGACUACCCAACUCACCGAGACGGGCAGCUCUGCGAGUUCAACCAGCCCUAAAAAGAGGGACGUCGCAACACCCCCAACAACGACCUCGAGCAUGGAUUCCGAAGACGAUUUCUUGAGCGAUGUCUCCAGCCAGGAUGAUUUCCUCGAUGCUCAGGGCAGUGAUAACGAGAGCCUAGGUGAAGAUAUCGUUCGCCAACCUGACUUACGAUUGUUGACAGACUUCGGAGACCUUGACACCGGAUUCUCCGAUGAUAAAGACCUCCUCACGCAGAAGCGAAAGCCAUACGAAGUCGAAUUCAAAGUUCUUGAUCCCGAUGAUAUCGAACGCGAGCAGCUCGUGCAAGUCAACGAGGUGUCCGCGAUCCUCGGGCUGCCUCCAGAAUCCGCCGCGAUCCUCCUCCGAUUCGGUCGAUGGAAGCAGGAGAAACUGAUUGAAGGAUACAUGGACCACCCGGAGGAAACACUGGAAGAAGCUGGCCUGGGAACAAAUUUUGAAGGGACUGCGAAAACAGAGGUCAUCCCGAACUUCUCAUGUGACAUUUGUUGUGAAGAUGGAAACGAUCUUGAGUCGUAUGCGAUGCGCUGCGGGCACAGGUUUUGCGUGGACUGCUAUCGACAUUACUUGGCACAAAAGAUCAAAGGAGAAGGCGAGGCGGCGCGGAUCGAGUGCCCAGGCGAAAACUGUCACCGGAUCGUGGAUUCACGCUCGCUCGACCUCCUGGUGACGAAUGAUCUCAAGGAUCGGUAUCGAACACUCCUCACGCGAACCUAUGUCGAUGACAAGGAUAAUCUCCGAUGGUGCCCAGCACCGAAUUGUGAGUACGCGGUUGACUGUCCGGUUAAGACUCGCGACCUUCGACGCAUUGUACCCUCAGUCCGGUGUCUCUGUAAACACGAAUUUUGCUUUGGCUGCGGUGUGACCGACCACCAACCCACCCCUUGCACACUGGUCAAGAAGUGGCUCCAAAAGUGCGAAGAUGACUCUGAGACAGCAAACUGGAUAUCAGCCAACACCAAGGAGUGCCCCAAAUGCGUCUCAACGAUUGAAAAGAACGGCGGUUGUAAUCAUAUGACUUGCCGGAAAUGCAAACACGAGUUCUGUUGGAUGUGUAUGGGCCUCUGGUCCGAGCAUGGCACCAGCUGGUAUAACUGCAAUCGGUACGAAGAGAAAUCCGGAUCUGAUGCCCGCAGCGCUCAGGCCAAGUCGCGCGCAUCGCUGGAGCGUUAUUUGCAUUACUACAAUCGGUAUGCAAACCACGAGCAGUCAGCGAAGCUAGACAAGGAUCUUUAUCUAAAGACCGAGAAAAAGAUGACUAGUCUGCAGUCGCAGUCAGGUCUGUCUUGGAUAGAGGUGCAGUUCCUUGAUACGGCGUCGCAGGCGCUACAGCAGUGCCGUCGGACCUUGAAGUGGACUUACGCCUUUGCGUUCUAUCUUGCGCGUAACAACCUGACAGAAAUCUUCGAAGAUAAUCAAAAGGAUCUGGAGAUGGCGGUGGAAAGUCUCAGUGAGAUGUUCGAGAAGCCCGUCCCGGAGUUGGCCUCACUGAAGGUGGAUAUCCUGGAUAAGACGGCCUAUUGCAAUAAGCGCCGGGUCAUCCUACUGAGCGACACGGCAGAAAACUUGAAAAAUGGAGAAUGGUCGUUCAACGUGGAGUGGUAG